AUGGAUGAGUCUGAAGAGAGCAAUAGGCUCAUUGCAAAACUUCACAAUGCUUUGGGGGACCACGACGCCAGUUUCGGGGACGAUUUAGACGGCAUUCUCAGUUGGAUCAAUCCAAAUGAGCCAGACAGCAAUCAUCAGCUAAGACCGCCAAUUCUGCGAAUCAAAAGCGCCAUCAGAGGUCUUUUCAAAAUGAAAGAUAAGGAGGAUUUCUUUUAUGAGUUGCUGCGGCAAUACGUGAUCUACCAAACCCGUAGACACUUCUUUAACAACUUCCAGGCCUUGCUGCAUUUCAAGGACGUGCGAAAACUUGAAAGAUAUUACGAAUUCCCGCUAGGCUUCUUGGAGAUUUUCAGCGCCCGUGAGUGGAUAGAUGAAAUCAACGGGCUUCGCGGCUACCUCAUUUCUUACCACCCAACGUUCAAGGGAAUUAUGGUCCAGCGACUUGAGCAGCUUCUACUUGAAGAUGACUUCGAGAUGGCUCGCAAGCUAUAUGAGUGGCUCUGUCACGCAGAGGGGAGAGUUCUAACUACUUUGCUGGUCGACAGUAUAUUGUGCAAGGUCAAAAUGUACGCCACAGAACAAAUGAGCUUCGUUUGGACCAAAAGAUUUGCGGUCAUGGAAACCUUCAACGCGUUCAUUAGCAGCUAUUGGAGUACAAUGAGCGAGAUGCUUCAAUGUGCCGAAGAUGAUCAUGAAAUUACAAAGGAGAUAUAUAACUGUUUUGAGCGCGAGUUCAUAAGCAUACGAACUUCGCAAGUGUUCGAUAUCUUCGUUACUGAGUAUCCUAUCUCAAAACCAACUCUACUGGAGCUUCGAAGUGUUUUAAAGUCGCCCGCCAAAUAUACGGAGCUGAUAACGCAACUUCUGUGCCAGUUUGAAGCACGAAUGCUGAAGCCUAGUAUCACUACAACAGAGAUUGUGUUGUCCUAUGUGAAAGCCAUCAAAAGCAUUCUCACCGUGGAUGUGUCCUUCCGUUAUUUCCAGCUCCUAACUAAUUUUGUCCGGCCGUAUCUUAUGGAGCGAAGGGAUACAGUCUCUUCAUUCCUGUACGCAAUCUUGGGACUCGACGUGUCUGAAACGAAGGGAGCAAGCCAAAGCUCUGCACAUAUCAAAAUCGCAUUACAGCUCGCAGCCGAGUUGAGAGACUCCCACCAACCCAUAUCAACCUCAACAUUAGACAGCGCUCUUCAAACUUCGCCUGAGCGCUCCCCUGUGUUGAAUUCCUCUGAACCGGUUUGUCAACAGGUUCUCAAUUACUACCUCCAUUGGGUUCCAGAGCCUACCGAUUCAAUACAGGUAAGCAGUGACAAUGCCCUAAUGAGCAAAAGUUUGUUUGACAUUGUGGUGGACUUAUUUGACUCUAGGGACGUCAUCGUAACUGCAUUUAUUACGCUUUUCACAGACAAACUACUUGAUCUCAAAGGUUAUAAACUGGAGCAUAACUGGGUUAAAAGUCUCAAGAUUUUGAAGGAAAAGUUUGACUUUAAGAAAUAUCCCAACGGUCAAGACACCUCUAAUGUUAAUAACAUCGACGUCAUGCUACGUGACAUCAAGCAUAGCGAAGCGCUGUGCUCUGACUUGCAUACCUUGCCAACGCUAAACUCUAAGAUCUUCCCAAAAAUAAUUUCAUAUUUGUUUUGGGGUGCGUCGCAAGAGUUCUCUGCACCUUCAAGAGACCUGAAGUUGCCUCCAGCGCUAGAAAAAGAUCUCGGAAGGUAUAAAGAAGCAUACUCGCAUAUCAAAAAAGGUCGAAAGCUGAGGUUUCAUCAAGAUCUAAGUGCUGUGGAAGUGACAUUGAGAUUUGCGGAUGGUCGCAAAGUGAGCUACGAGGUUCCGUUCAAAAGAUCGGUCAUUCUCUCAUGUUUUUCCAGUGCAGAAGGAUCGAAGACCCUCACAGAAAAGCAACUCGUCGAAAGAACGGACUUCGAUCAAGCUGAAGUUGUCCAAGCUCUGAAUUUUUGGCGAAAUUCCUCCGUUCUCCAGUAUGACAAAGCGCUUGACGUAUACAAGCCGGUUGAAUAUCUUGAAAAUGCACUGCCCGGCGCAUCUACUCAAGCCACAGCAGAUUCUCACAAAGCCGACGGAACUGCUGAUUUCCAACAAAAAGAGAUUACCGACUCCAUGGAAAAGGUUUGGCCCUUUAUAAAGGGCAUGCUAACGAAUCUGGGCAGCAUGAAAGCCGGAAAAAUACACUCAUUUUUGAAAAUGGCAGUACCGAAAGAAUUGGGAUACACGGCAACUGCUUCUCAGUUACAGUCUUAUUUGACAGUUUUGGUAGAUGAAGGAAAGCUCGUCAGCAACGCCAACGGGACGUUUAAGCUGGUAAAGUAA